AUGACGGCACUCCCGGUGAUCCCUUCCCUCCGCGGCCUCCUCCUCACCGGAGCUCGCCGGACCCGCCAUGCCGUCCCCAAGAUUAUCACGUCCGUCCCCGCCCUCGCCGCCUUCCUCAUCCUGGCCGCCGCCACGUUCUUGUGGGUGCGCGACCCCGCCGCGCGGCCGUACUACACCAACGCGACGUGCGCCUUCAUCGAGGGCUACCAGAACUGCAUGAAGCACGGCAGGCCGAGCCUGGAGUUCCUGCGGUGGCGGUGGCGGUCCGAAGGCGCCGGCUGCGGCGACGGCGUGCCGGGCCGCCGCUUCGACGCCGGGCGGUUCCUCCGGCUCGUCCGCGGCAAGUCCAUCCUCUUCGUCGGCGACUCGCUGGCCAGCAGCCACGUCCGGUCGCUCGUGUGCACCCUGUCGCAGGUGGAUGGCUCCCCGGAGAGGUCGAGCUCCGGGGGGUUCGAGCGCUGGCGGUUCCCGGCGCACGGGUUCACGGUGGCCUUCUUCUGGACGCCGUUCCAGGUGCGGUGGCGCCUGACGCGGGGCCCGCCGGAGCCGGUCGGUCCGGACAGGCAGGGCGAGGUGUUCGCCGGCCCCAGCGACCUCCACCUCGACGAGCCCGACCCGCGGUGGGCGGCGGCGGCCAGGGACCACGACGUCGUGGUCAUGUCCGCGUCGCACUGGUUCGCGCGCCCCGCCGUGUACUACCGCGGCGGCCGCGUCGCCGGGUGCCACGGCUGCGGCGCGGCGGCGCUGGCGAACGCCACCGCUCUCAUCAAGCCGGAGCAAGCGCAGCGGGCCGCGUUCCGGACCGUGCUCCGGGCGCUGGCCGGGAUGGAGGGGUUCAGGGGGACGGCGAUCCUGCGGACGGUGGCGCCGACGCACUACGAGAACGGCGGGUGGUUCGACGGCGGGGAGUGCACGGCCACGAAGCCGGCGGACCCCGAGGAUCCGGUGGAGAUUGCGGAGCCGGAGGGCGAGUUCUACAGGGCGCAGGUGGAGGAGUUCGCGGCGGCGGAGGAGGACGCGAGGAGGAACGGCGUGCGGCUGAGGCUUAUGGACGUGACCAAGAUGAUGCUGCGCCGGCCGGACGGGCACCCCGACCGGUACGGCCACGGCGCCGGCGAGCACGAGGGCUUCGACAUCGACUGCCUGCACUGGUGCCUGCCGGGACCGAUCGAUGUGUGGAACGACCUUCUGUUUCAGAUCCUCGCCGGUCGUUAG